AUGAAGCAUCUACUAGGUGUUUGCAUUAUCAUCUUGUGGGCAUGUGCACAAGGAGGCAUGUCUCGAAUAUUGAAUGAAUCUUCCAUUGUUAAAGCACAUCAACAAUGGAUGAUAAAGUACGGACGUACAUACACUAAUGAUUUAGAGAUGGAGAAGCGUUUCCAGAUAUUCAAAGAGAAAUUUGAAUACAUAGAAAAGUUUAAUAAUGCUGGUAACAAAAGUUAUACACUUGGUUUAAAUCCACAUUCUGAUUUAACUAAUGAAGAGUUUAUUGCAUCUUAUCAUGGAUUCAAAGCACCAAGCCAUCUUAAUUCAUCCCAAAUAAGAUCAAAUACAAUACUCUUUAACUUGACAUCUAUUAGUCCACCAUAUUUAGACUAUUUAGACUGGAGAUCGAAGGGAGCUGUGACCGAUAUUAAAGAUCAAAAUAAAUGUGGAGCUUGUUGGGCUUUUGCAUCUGUGGCUGCUGUAGAAGCUGUCUAUCAAAUAAGCGAGGGAAUUCUGGUGCCAUUGUCAGAGCAACAACUAAUUGACUGUGAUAAAAAGAGCGAGGGUUGCGUGAGUGGUAGUUUUGAUAACGGCUUCCAAGCCAUUAUAGACAGCGAUGGUGUUCUUCAAGAAGCUGAUUAUCCUUACCAAGCACUUGUUCAAACCUGCCAAUUAAAUGAGUAUAGUGAGCCUGAUGCUUACAUAAGUUCUUACAAAUAUAUAAAGCAAAAUGAUGAAGAGCAGUUACUAGCAGCAGUAACACAACAACCAGUAACAGUUUCUAUCUCUCCCAGCCCUGAAUUUCAGGCAUACGAGGAAGGGGUUUAUUCAGGAUCCUGUGGAACUGAAAACACCCAUGCAGUUACUAUAGUUGGUUAUGGGACAACUGAAGAAGGGUUGAAAUAUUGGUUGAUUAAGAAUUCUUGGAGUAAAAAUUGGGGUGAGGAUGGAUACAUGAGGAUAAGAAGACAAUCUGGUGGACCUGAAGGUCAUUGUGGCCUUGCUAAGUUUGGUGGUUACCCUGUUAUAUAA